AUGUUUUCCUUGAGUUUAUUCAAUGAUAUACUCCGACCAUUCAACACGACAUACAGAUGCUGGUCGGUGUCAAUGCUUCCUGGAAGCGAAAGAGAAGAUGUUGAACGCGGAGGAAAAAUUAUAAUGCCCCCGUCUGCUCUGGAUAUAUUAACCCGGUUAAAUAUCAACUACCCGAUGCUGUUCAGGCUAACUAACAAAAGAUCCAACAGACAAACACAUUGUGGUGUAUUGGAAUUCAUCGCAGAUGAAGAAAAAAUAUAUAUUCCUUAUUGGAUGAUGAAAAACCUAUUGCUAGAUGAAGGAGAUAUGGUGCAAGUUGAAAGUGUUUCAUUAGAAGUAGCCACCUUUUCAAAGUUCCAACCUCAAAAUUCUGAAUUCCUAGAUAUUACUAACCCAAAGGCUGUUUUAGAAAAUUGCUUGCGCAAUUUUGCUUGUCUGACUGCUGGUGAUGUAAUAGCAAUAAAGUACAACCAAAAAGUUUAUGAAAUGUGUGUGUUAGAAACAAAACCGGGUAACGCUGUUAGUAUCAUUGAAUGUGAUAUGAAUGUUGAGUUUGCCGCACCAGUUGGUUAUCAGGAACCUACGCAUGAAAAAAAACCUGCUGCAGAAGAUAUGAUGGUUGAUCCUGCUGAUUUAAUGCCAGAACCAACUGGUUUCAUAGCUUUCAAAGGGUCGGGCAAUCGAUUAGACGGAAAAAAAAAGAAAGACAACUCUGACGAUCAAUCAAAUCAAGUUAAACCAGUGUACCAGAGAGGUAUUCCAGAUUAUGAUUAUAACAUAGGAACUAUACAGUUCAUAAGGAAUAUCCGCCCUGUGACUAAUGACAAAGAGGAUGGAAAUCAAGAAGGAUUUAAGCCAUUUGCAGGGUCUGGAUCAGUACUAAAGACAAAAAAAAAAAAAAAAUAA